AUGUUAUCAUAUUUUAACAGGGUAAGGGAUUUUUUUUGCAAAAAGGGUUCUUGCGACUUGAAAAAUCAACAGAAUCAGACUUCCAAAUCCGGGAAACACAUCUGCUGCGUUUGCAAGGAGACUAAACAGGCCAGAGACGACUGCAUCGCCCAAAACGGCCAGGAACAAUGUAAAAAAUUCAUCGAAGCACACAACAAAUGCCUCAAAGAUGAAGGAUUCACAGUUGAAAAUUAA